AUGAUGAGGAAAAGAGAAGUCCAGAAGAAAAUGUUAAAAGAGCUGAAUUUCCAGACUGAAGAGACUCCAAGAGUUAAAGAGAAUGAGGAAGAAGAUCCUGCAGAGAAACAAGUAACACUUCAACAGUUACGUGGGCAGUUUCAUGUUGCUCCUAAACUUGCAGACAUUGUUAUUGAAGAUGACCGUGAUGUAGGGGAUAAAGCCAAAAGGGAGCACACUAAACCCGUAUGGGCCAUAUGGUAUCUGUGGUAUGAGAGGCACUCAGGUUCAAGCCAAGCAAGGGAAAGAAAACUCCAGUUCCGUGGAUCAACAGCUCACCAGCAUCAAGAGACACCUACACACGGUCUCUCAGGCCAGGAUGUACCGGAGGAAAACCCUGAUAACCUGAGAGUAACUGACGCUGACGCCACUGACGCUGUACUCACAUGGAUUCCUGUUGACGAGGACUCUGUCAACGGACUCCUCUUAGGCUACAAGGUUGAGUACUGGGUGGAUGACGACGGUGCCGACGAUGACGACGACGACCACGACCACGACCAAGUGCUAACGACAGGACCAGUGGGUCGAGCUGAACUGACGGGUCUGCAGCCCUUCACAAAUUACCGUGCCCGCGUCAGUGUUGUCAACUCUGCCUUCACCGGACCAGCAUCCUCCAUUAUUACCUUCAAGACUGCUGAAGGAGAGUCAGGACCAGUGUCUAAUCUGAAGGCGAGGCAGCUGGGAGACGACAACGUGCUGGUGGACUGGGGAGAGCCCGAGGAGCCACACGGUGUAGUAAGAGGCUACCAGGUUCACUACACCACUGUGAGCGAGGACGGUCAAGAGGGAACCCUCACUGAGUACGCUGAGAAACUUGACCCCUCCGUCACCAUGGUCAAGCUCUCGGAACUGGAAGAGGGAGCCACCUACAGGGUCACUGUUGCUGCUGUUAACGGCGCCGGGGAUGGUGAAGGGUUGUCUGUGGACGUAGAUCUGAAGCCAGGAGAGCCAAUGGUGCCAGCAGUGCCAGUGUUCACUUGGUCCAUCUUCAAGGAAAGUGAAGAGCAAGAAGGCACUGACAGGGAUGCUGACGGCGACGUAGAUGACGACGACGUCAGAAACUUGAACGUCAUCAUCGGCGAUACUGAUAGCGAUGGUGACGUCGACAGGGAUGAUGUCCUCGAUACUGACAAUGACGGGGAUAUCGACGAGGAUGACGUCAAUGUUGCUGACAUCAAUAAUGAUGGGACUGUAGACGAGAAGGACGUGGCUGCUGCUGACGUGGACGACGACGGUGAUGUUGACAUAGCUGACAUCGGCGACGAAGAUGGCGACGGUGACUUCGACGCUUCCGACGUACUCUCCGCUGACGAAGAUGGUGACGGCGAUAUUGACGCUUCAGACGAUGACGAGGAGAACACAUUGUUGGAGGAUCGUGACGGAGAUGGUGACGUUGACCAGGACGACGUCGUUGACAUCAAUCAUGACGGCAUUGUAGACGAGGAAGACUUCAAAGCCGCAGACGUCGACAACGACGGUGACAUCGACGAGGAUGACGUGAAAGCCGCCGACAAGGAUGGUGACGGUGAUAUCGACGCGGCCGACUUGACAGAUUUAGACGGUGAUGGAAAGGUUGACGGAGACGACUUAGAGGUUGUGGACAGGGACGGGGACGGUGACGUGGACGCCAGGGACUACGCCCUAAGACGUACCUUCCUCACUGACGUCGACAAAGAUGGCGAUGUCGACGAACACGACUUACUCGACGCCGACAAUGACGGCGACAUUGACGCCGACGACCAUUCCAUCGCCGACAUUGAUAACGACGGCGACGUUGAUGCUGACGACGUGGAAGCCGCCGACAGGGACGGCGACGGAGACGUCGACGCUGCUGACAUCGGAGACGAAGAUGGUGAUGGAGAUAUUGAUGGCCACGACGUACUGAAAGCUGACGAGGACGGUGACGGUGACAUCGACGCUAGUGACGACAAUGAGGAAGACUCCCUCCUCGAGGACCGUGACGGCGACGGCGACAUCGACCGUGACGACGUCACUGACCUCGACGCAGACGGUGACAUUGACGCUGAGGACUUCGCUGCCGCGGACAUCGACGACGAUGGCGACGUCGACGCUGAUGAUGUCAAGGUGGCUGACAGAGAUGGUGAUGGUGAUGUCGACGCGGCUGAUAUCACUGACCUGGAUGGUGAUGGCAGAGUGGAUGGUGAUGACCUGGAAAUAGAAGACCGUGAUGGUGAUGGCGAUAUUGAUGCCAAGGACUUCACCUUCAGGAAGACGCUGCUGGCUGAUACAGACGACGACGGUGACGUAGAUCAGGAUGACGUCCUUGACGUCGACGGCGAUGGUGACAUCGAUGAUACAGACAUCGAAGCUGCAGACAUUGAUGACGACGGCGAUGUUGACAUCGAUGACGUCAGACAAGGUGACAAAGAUGGUGAUAAUGACGUCGAUGCCUCCGACGUACGUGACAUCGAUGGUGAUGGCUUCAUUGACGAAGAUGACCUCGAUGUUAAGGACAAAGACGGUGAUGGUGACAUCGACGCCGCUGACUUCGAUCUGAGGAAGACCAUUCUCGCGGACACAGACAAGGACGGUGACGUCGACCGUGAUGACGUCCUCGACACUGAUGCUGAUGGUGACAUUGACCAGGAGGAUAUUGAUGUAGCUGACAUCGAUAAUGACGGCGACGUGGACAUGAAUGACGUACUCGCUGCUGACAGGGACCACGACGGAGACAUCGACGCGGCUGACAUCGGAGACGAGGAUGGUGACGGAGACAUCGAUGGAGAUGAUGUCAUCGCUGCUGAUGAGGAUGGUGACGGUGACAUCGACGCCUCCGAUGAUGACGGAGAAAGUGUCCUCCUCUCAGACGCAGAUGGCGACGGUGAUAUCGACCGACACGACGUCACUGACCUCGACGGUGAUGGAGACAUCGACGAAAGUGACGUCGAAGCGGCUGAUGUUGACAAUGACGGUGACGUCGAUGCUGACGACUUAAGAGCAGCCGACAGAGACGGGGACAAGGAUGUCGACGCUGCUGACAUAGUCGACGUCGAUGGUGAUGGUGACGUCGACGGUAAGGAUCUCAUUGCUUCUGACAAAGAUGGCGACGGCGAUAUUGACUCGACGGACAUCAAAAAUCUUGACGUCUUUCUCAAGGAUACCGACGGUGACGGUGACGUCGACAAAGACGACGUACUCGACACCGAUCACGACGGCGACAUCGACGAGGAAGACGUUUCAGUCGCGGACAUCGACAACGACGGCGACGUUGACUCUGACGACGUAAUAGCCGCUGAUCGUGACGGUGACGGUGACGUUGACUUCAAAGACAUCGGCGACGAAGACGGAGACGGUGACAUCGACGGAAGUGACAUUCUGGCUGCUGAUAAAGACGGUGACGGUGACAUCGACGCGGCAGACGAGGGACGUGGGGUGGACAUCCGCAUUAACUGGAAACCUAAGUUUGAACAGCAUCCAGGAGUGGAGUUCUACGUCCAACACAGGGUUCAAGGCACAGAGCACUGGAAGGCCUCUCCCGUGGAGAGAGACAGCCUCGACCAGACCAUCUCUGGCAUGGACCCCCGUCGAGCCUACGAAAUCAGGAUGGUGGCCAAGGAUGGACCCUACGAGACGCCUUCUGACAUUAUCCUCAUCCCACCCUCAGAAGCAAUGCCAGCAGAAGCUACAGUAGCCACUGCGACCUCUGGAAACAUUGAGUGUCUGUACCAUGGACUCAAGAACGCACCUUCAUCGGAGGAACUCUCCCAUUUUGAACAGGGCGGAGGGUUGACAGCCAUAACACAAUGUGAGGAUGUGGAGACUGACGAGGGUGGCUCAGUCUACUGUAAUGUACGCUUAUCAAAAACACAAGCUGAACAACUAGAUCCUUCCUCACUGUCUCCUGACGAAGGGGACGACAUAACCCAGGCUCCUCCUCACCACCAUAUCGAUCGCAUCGAGUUUACACCCACAGCGGACAAUGACGCAGCUGAAAUACUUGACGGAUAUGAAGAGGCCGGUGGUAGCCACGUCCAGAACACCAGCAGGAGACGUGCUGGCUUUAAUGGAGGCUACACCAUGGUCGUAGAUAGCAACUCCAGUGAUCAGGACUACGAUUAUAUCUACACCUCCGAAGACCACUACCCGACCGGCAUAGACGGAACCACCCUCUUAGAUUACUGGCAGCCCGAGUCUCAGCCAGAACCCGAACCCGAACCUGAACUCGAACCAGAACCCGAGUUUGAACCCGAACCUGAACUCGAACCAGAACCCGAACCUGAACCCGAACCUGAACUUGAACCAGAACCCGAGUUUGAACCCGAACUUGAACUCGAACCAGAACCCGAACCUGAACCCGAACCUGAACUCGAACCAGAACCCGAGUUUGAACCCGAACCUGAACUCGAACCAGAACCCGAGUUUGAACCCGAACCUGAACUCGAACCAGAACCCGAGUUUGAACCCGAACCUGAACUCGAACCAGAACCCGAAACUGAACCCGAACCUGAACUCGAACCAGAACCCGAGUUUGAACCCGAACCUGAACUCGAACCAGAACCCGAAACUGAACCCGAACUAAAACCCGAGUUUAAACCCGAGCCUGAACCUGAAACCGAUCUCAAAUUCGAAUACAAGCCUGAGCUCAAGUUCAAACCUGAGUCUGAAACCAAGUUCGAACCUGAAACCGAACACAUCGCCGGUGACGAUGACGCUCCUGUAGAAAGUCCAGAUGGUGACACUCCAGUAGAAAGUCCUGAUGGUGACGCUCCAGUAGAAAGUCCUGAUGGUGACGCUCCAGUAGAAAGUCCUGAUGGUGACGCUCCAGGAGAAAGUCCUGAUGGUGACGCUCCAGUAGAAAGUCCUGAUGGUGACGCUCCAGGAGAAAGUCCUGAUGGUGACGCUCCAGAAGAAAGUCCAGAUGGUGACACUCCAGUAGAAAGUCCUGAUGGUGACGCUCCAGUAGAAAGCCCUGAUGGUGACGCUCCAGGAGAAAGUCCUGAUGGUGAUGAUCCAGAAGAAAGUUCUGAUGGUGACGCUCCAGGAGGAAGUCCUGAUGGUGACGCUCCAGUAGAAGGCCGUGAUGGUGACACUCCAGUAGAAGGUCCUGAUGUUGACACUCCAGUAGAAGGUCCUGAUGGUGACACUCCAAUUGAAAGUCUUGAUGGUGACACUCCAGUAGAAAGUCUUGAUGGUGACACUCCAGUAGAGGGUCGUGAUGGUGACACUCCAGUAGAAAGUCUUGAUGGUGACACUCCAGUAGAAAAUCUUGAUGGUGACACUCCAGUAGAAAGUCUUGAUGGUGACACUCCAGUAGAGGGUCGUGAUGGUGACACUUCAGUAGAAAGUCUUGAUGGUGACACUCCAGUAGAAAGUCUUGAUGGUGACACUCCAGUAGAAGGUCUUGAGGGUGACACUCCAGUAGAGGGUCCUGAUGGUGACACUUCAGUAGAAGGCCUUGAUGGUGACACUCCAGUAGAAGGUCCUGAUGGUGACAUUCUAGUAGAGGGUCCUGAUGGUGACACUCCAGUAGAGGGUCCUGAUGGUGACACUCCAGUAGAAGGUCCUGAUGGUGACACUCCAAUUGAAAGUCUUGAUGGUGACACUCCAGUAGAAGGUCCUGAUGGUGACACUCCAGUAGAAAGUCUUGAUGGUGACACUCCAGUAGAGGGUCGUGAUGGUGACACUCCAGUAGAAAGUCUUGAUGGUGACACUCCAGUAGAAAAUCUUGAUGGUGACACUCCAGUAGAAAGUCUUGAUGGUGACACUCCAGUAGAGGGUCGUGAUGGUGACACUUCAGUAGAAAGUCUUGAUGGUGACACUCCAGUAGAAAGUCUUGAUGGUGACACUCCAGUAGAAGGUCUUGAGGGUGACACUCCAGUAGAGGGUCCUGAUGGUGACACUUCAGUAGAAGGCCUUGAUGGUGACACUCCAGUAGAAGGUCCUGAUGGUGACAUUCUAGUAGAGGGUCCUGAUGGUGACACUCCAGUAGAGGGUCCUGAUGGUGACACUCCAGUAGAAGGUCCUGAUCCAGGUGUUUAUUCUCCAGUGGAUGACGGUGAUGGUGACGGUGAUGGUGUCUAUUAUCAAGUAGAUAAUGGUGAUGGUAGGGUGUAUUCUCACGUAGAUGAUGGUGGUGACAGUGACCUUUAUUCUCCAACAGUGGAUGAUGAUGUUGAUGUGGAUGAGGAUGUCUAUUCUCCACUGGAUGUGGAUGACGAUGAGGGCUUCAUUGCAGUAGGUGUUGUUCCGGUAGAGGAUGAGGUUAUUACUCCAGUAGAAGAUGAGGUUAUUACUCCAGUAGAGGAUGAGGUUGUUACUCCAGUAGAGGAUGAGGUUAUUACUCCAGUAGAGGAUGAGGUUAUUACUCCAGUAGAGGAUGAGGUUGUUACUCCAGUAGAGGAUGAGGUUGUUACUACAGCAGAGGAUGAGGUUGUUACUCCAGUAGUGGAUGAGGUUGUUACUCCAGUAGAGGAUGAAGUUGUUGCUCCAGUAGAGGAAGUUUUCCCUCCAGUAAGAUAUGAUGACGAGGGUUAUGGUUCAGUAGAGGGUAGUGAUGAAGGUUAUGGUUCGGUUGAGAGUAGUGGUAGUGAUGUUGUGUUCACUCCCACUGAUGGUUCUGGUAGUGAUGACUGUUAUUCAGGUGGUGAUGAGGGCGACGUCACAACAGCGAGUGGUGAGGAGGCUUCCACACCCUCUGGAAUUAGUGGUGAUGACCGCAUCCCAGUUAGGGGUUGUGGAAAUGAAGAUUACUACACGGAGAGUGUGUCUAAUGAGAAGGUAGAUACCGUCACAGAGGCUACAAGUGGUGAAAAUAAUCUGACUCUGGUCUUUCCUGACGACGAGAGCCUCAGGAUAUCUGGAGGAUCCAGUAGUGGAGACUAUGGAGCAGAAGACGAGUACUUCCCACUGACUGACACUGCAAGUGAAGAAGUGAUUCCUGGAGGAGAGUUUAGCGAGGAAGCUUCCUCAACCCCGAGUAUUUAUGAACCAGAAGCAGUAGAUGAAGGAGGAAGGGAAGAUUAUACGGUGGAGCCUUUAAUUAUCGACACUAUGGACGAAGACGAGCCGAGUAGUGGAGUACCUGGUGAGUCAGAUGAGGUGGACGAUGGGAAUGAAACUGAUAGAAGUGUGGAUGGUGAGGAGACACCUCCAGUAUUUGGAAAAGACCAUGCGAUUCAUGAGCUUGGCGUCAGUGUAGAACCAUAUCCAACUGGUAGCCAAGAUACACUCUACGAUUAUCACGAGGCCCAGGAAAAAUAUUCAAGACCACAGGAACACGAUAUUUCAGAAAAUCUCACAAUUUAUCCUAUCGUUCCGGAAGAUCCUACGAAAUCAGUAGCAACAGAAGCGACUUCGGAGGUAGAGAGAGGGUUCUCGGUGGACCCCAGAGGAGUAGCCAACUCUACCAUCCUCUCGUCAGAGCCGCCACGACAGGUACCAGGUGCAGCCCCUGCUGAUGUAGAGCUUUCCCUACCAGAGUUUGAGGAGCCUACUGUGGGGGCGGUGAUGGAGGAGACUAACCCCAUCUUGUGGACGUGGUUCAUCAUCGCAGUGCUGGUGGCUGUCACUAUGAUCUGUAUCGUCUUCUUCUCCAUGUGGGUCUACAGCCAACGGUUAGCGCGAGUGGCGGAGCUUCGAGCAGCACUGUAUGAGGGCUACGAGCCGGCCCAGCCAGAACCUGUCAAGAAGGAGGUGGAUGUGGAGGCUGCCAAGCCCCCGCCCGCCCAGGAGGAUGCUGUCGAGGACGAGAUGACGGCCAACUUCCAGCGAAAGUAAGUGCAUGCUGCUAGCUUCUUGU